UUCCGCAUUUAGAUCUUCUGAGCACAUAACCCCAACUACCACACUGGAUGUAACUAGCUAGUCGUAGAUUUGACGAUUAUUAGUGUGAGUUAGCUACUAGAUAAUUUAAACAGUUACUGCUUAACUCAAGAAAUAGCUAGCUAUGUCCAAACCAAAGUUUGUUGUGUUUGACCUGGAUUAUACUCUUUGGCCCUUCUGGGUGAGUAGCUAUGUGGACCCACAAUUUCACAAAGACAAAGAGGGAGUGGUGUUGAAUGCAAGGAGGGAGAAAAUCCAACUGUACCCGGAAACGGUGGACAUAUUGACUUCUCUACAUGGCCAAGGGAUCCAGAUUGGAGUGGCAUCACGCACAGAUGAGGUGGAUGGAGCCAAUCAGCUGUUGUCCCUCUUCAAUCUCAACCAAUACAUAUCCUUCAAGGAAAUAUACCCGGGGUCAAAGGUCCCUCACUUCAAAAAGCUCCAGGCAGACAGUGGAUUCAAAUUCAGUGAGAUGAUGUUCUUUGAUGACGAACACAGGAACAUCACAGCAGUCAGUCGACUAGGUGUGCACUGUGUUCUGGUCCCUGAAGGAGUGACUAUGAAAUUAGUCAAUGAAGCGCUUCUGCAGUUCUCCCAGGGUGCAAAAUGAGGACUUCAGGACAGAGAUGAUGCAAUACAUAUAGAGUGCCUUGCAAAAGUAUUCAUCCCCCUUGGCGUUUUUCCUAUUUUGUUGCAUUACAACCUGUAAUUUAAAUUUAUUUUUAUUUGGAUUUCAUGUAAUGGACAUACACAAAAUAGUCCAAAUUGGUAGAGUGAAAUUUAAAAAAUAACUUAUUUAAAAAAAUAAUAAUCUAAAAAUAGAAAAGUGGUGCGUGCAUAUGUAUUCACCCCCUUUGCUAUGAAGCCCCUAAAUAAGAUAUGGUUCAACCAAUUACCUUCAGAAUUCACAUAAUUACUUAAAUAAAGUCCACCUGUGU